CUGUACAUCAAGCACGUGUUUUCUCGUGUUGUUGAUAAACGUCGAUAUUGGUAACACUGUUUCAAAAAUGGAAAAAUUACUGUAUAAAUCUAUUUUAAAAUAUUAUUUACAUUUAAAAAUUGUCUCAGAUACAUGGAACAAUGAAAUUUUAAGUGUAAAACAACAAAUAAAUGUCUUAAAACGUCUAUGUGAACAGUAUCAACUUUUGACAAGUGUCGAAGCAGAUCAGACUGAAAUUUAUAAACAAGAGGGUUUAAAGGAAAAAUUAGUUUUAAAAGUUUUUCGUGCAAUUCAAAAUGAAAUUGCGAAUCUUGGAAAUUCUUUGAAUCGACUAAAUAAUGUCAAUCAGGAAUUAAAAAAUAAAUUUACAAGACUCAAGGAAGCGAGGAAUAAUGUCUCGCUUAAAGAUUUAGGAAUGAAACAAUUAAUCAGUGGCACUCCAAUGAUUCCAAGAUUAGAAAAAUUGCUUCUUUGGGCAAAAGAGUCUCAGAAUUAUUAUCCGUUACUAUUUCGUGAGGUAAAUGAAAAUUUUAAUUCUAUUGAUUAUACAAACGAGGAUACAAUCACAAAUUUUGAAAAAUCUUUUAAUAUCAAUUAUUAUUGGAAAAUAAAAAUUGAAAAUAUUCUAAGAUUUACCGAAACCUUGUCGAAGACAAAUAUUUCUUGAACGUUUCUUUGUAGCUUUUUUGUUCUUAAAUCUACAUUAUAUAAAUAUUUUUCUAAAAUAAAACCUAAUUUUAUAAAAAAAAA